UAUAGCGCGCGGACCCUCGCCGCCCCCUCUCCGCCGUCCGAUCCUUAUCGUGCGCCGCCGCCGCCGCCAUCGCCGCGCUCCGGGGAGCGCUAGCGUGCGCCGGAAACCGCCAUUAACGGAGCUCUCCUCAGCGACCCUGCCGAUCCCAGCCGCACGAUCGGGAACGGAGGGCUCUGAUCGCGCGCCGGGGAGCCAUGCUGCGUCGCCGGAUACGGAUCCUGAGCGGAGCGUUUGGUGAUUCUCUCUGAAGAGAGAAAUUUACCCUUUUUUUUUUGCGUUUUCUCUUCGUUUUAAUCGGAGGAGACGAUGGAGAACAGUGUGGCUUUGUCGUUGCAAUCGCGUGCUUUGAUCGGUUCGGAGAAGCUUGGGCGAAGAGAAUCCGGUUUUGUGAGGUUUGGGAAUGGUGUGUUUGAAGAGAAAGCGUUUCAAACGAUUAGGGUUGGAGAUCAACGUUCUAAACGAGCUUCGAUUCGAUCCGGAAUCCCCGAUGCUAAAAUUUCUUGUUGUUGCAAGAAAUCCACAGGUCAUGAGAACUUUCACAUCUCAGUUGAUGAAGCACUAAUAUUAAAGAGGAAAUCAGAAGAUGUUUUCUCCUACUUGAACGGGCGAUGUAUAUAUCUAGUUGGAAUGAUGGGCUCAGGCAAGAGUACCGUUGGAAAGAUAUUGGCAGAAGUUCUGGGGUAUUCUUUCUUUGACAGUGAUAAACUGGUUGAGCAGUCUGUGGGCAUGCCUUCUGUUGCUCAGAUUUUUGAGGUGUAUAGUGAAGCCUUCUUCAGAGAUAAUGAGAGCGAAGUGCUGAGGGAGCUAUCAACAAUGCGCCGGUUAGUUGUUGCAACUGGAGGCGGCGCCGUGAUUCGACCAAUCAACUGGAGGUAUAUGAAACAGGGAAUUACGGUCUGGUUAGAUGUCCCUUUAGAAGCUCUGGCAAGGCGGAUUGCUGCGGUGGGGACUGCUUCCCGUCCUCUUUUGCAUGAAGAAUCUGGUGACCCUUACACAAAGGCUUUUGCAAGGCUCACUGCGCUUGCAGAACAAAGGGGUGACGCCUAUGCCAAUGCCGAUGCAAGGGUUUCCCUUGAAGAUAUUGCAGCGAAACAGGGUCAUGAGGACGUCUCUGCGCUCUCACCGACCACUAUUGCCAUCGAGGCACUGCUGAAGAUUGAAAUGUUUCUUACUGAGAAGUCCAAGGUUCGGAAUAGUGCAAGCAUCCAGGGAUAAUAAGUAUAACUAAGAGAUUUCCCUGGAGCUUUUACUGUAAUUAUUAUAUAGUGUAUACGCUUCUUUCAUUUAAUUUUCUUUUAUUAAUUUUGGAGUAUUUUGUUUAUUGACGAAGUCUCUUAGCCCGGCUUUUGUAAAUGAAUAAUUGUGUCAUGCAAAGAAGCAGCUUUAAAUCCAAAUGCAGAUUCUAAAUAAUUGGAGAACGCU